UAAAGCACAUAAUUAAAUGUACGUUACACUAAUAAACUGAAGAGAAUUGGAAAGAAGGUGUUGACAAAUCGAAGAAUCAGCUUCAGUAUUGAAAGGAAAGUGCCCAUAGGUACAAUAAUGGAGGCAACAAUUUGAAAAUUUUACAAAAUUGAUAGGUUUUCUGAGAUUGUGAGGCGAUUCCGGUGUUUAAGUACAUGGAACAAACAAACUACAAUUAACGGACCUCCCUAUAUAGUCGAAAUAUAGCACCCUGCGAUUGAACCAGAACUAAUUAAUUAAAGACCUUCGUAAACGUCAAAAAGACCAGGUGUUCUUUGACAAAUGCUGUCAGAUGAUCAGUGUGUUGGGCCUUCGUGAGAAUCGUGACAGCAUCUGGGUCCAAAGCAAUGAAAAUCAAUUUACGCGGAACACUGCAAGUGAAACACCACUAAAAAGGGCAAAUAAUGAUUAAUUCUAAUUACUGGUAAUUAGCUUGCAUCAUCACGAGAGAUAACCGCCACUGGCUUAGGAUAAGUGUGAUUCAACUUUUUGUUUCAGUAUGAUUGGCGCUUCAGCAGUGGCAACUACUACAAUGCUCUCAUUGUUAACGGAAGCUACAAAGUGAAAGAGGUUUUUAUGGCGCAAGAUUUUAAAGGAAUGAAUGUAUCAUUAUGGAACAGAACCGAACAAAUCAACAUAAUAAGUGAGAUUAACGAGAGCAUACUUAAAAUUGCGACCAUCGAGAAUCACCUGUAUCUGCUGACGGCAACGCAUCGCCUCUACCAUGGGGUCGUCAAUGAAGGCGAACGACAACUACACUUGCAGCUUCACCAAGAUGUCCAAUUUAAAGAUAUCGAUUCCUGCCAGAGAUAUUUAUACGUAAUAGAUUUAGAAGGUUCCGUCUUCAAAUAUAGCAGCGAUUUACAAUUGCUACACGAAAUUUUGUUGAUAAACGACUCGAAGGUUUGCAGUCACGGGCAUUGCGCGAUUAAAUUUAAAAUGAAAGUGGAAUCGUUAGCGAUAGGCUCGUUCGGCAACUUGUUUGUCACGAAUAAUGGGCAGCUUUGGGGCUCGGGGAGUAUGACGCAAGUAGGUAUCAACAGUACAAAUCCAAAGAGAAUUGCCUUUUUUGAUAGCAGAUUUACUCACUGCGUUAAUGUCGGCAGUGAUUUUGCUAUUGUCGUCGCUAGCAAGCAAGUUAGGAGCGAGGAUACGGACAGCGACGAAGGCGAAGAGGACGUAUUCGCUCCCUCUUGUCCUCAUUGCAAUUUUGUACCUAACGAUCUAAGCAAGCUGGAGCAUUUAGAUAGCUCUUCUACUAGCAGUAGGAAUAGCGUAAGUACUGCGUCGUUGGGACGCUCCAACUUAGAGCAAAGUUCCGAAUCGAGCGAUUGUAAUGAGCGGGUCGCGAAGAAUAUAAUCUUUCGUAAUACGGAGGCCGCGAGGGAGUUUCUAACUCGUCAGUUUUCGUGGAUGUCGUCCGCCGGCGAGGAGUACCUCGCCGAAUGUACUGAGAAACCGACUCGAAUAAUAAAGGAGAACGUUACGAAUAUGGCCAGUUUUGUUUUUGAAGGUGUCAAGACUGUCGGCGAUAAAGUCGCAACGCUCUCCCGACACGUUAGCGGUAGCUCGGACAACUGUGAUGUAUUGGAGAUGACGGAGGAUGUUUCGUUGCCCAGAAUUACUUCCAAAGAUGAGUUCAUGUGGUCACUCAGUCAGGCUACCUCCGAACGGGACAAUUCCGAUCAGGGUAUACAGGAGAGGUGCAGCACAAUUCUUCGGACGGGAAUGAAUUUGCUGAAUUGCGAAGUGUGGACCUGGGGGAAUGUUACUUAUGGACAGCUGGGAAUUGGAGAUGGUAUAAAGCGUGAGCGGCCCAUAAUAAUAACGAAAUUAUCGAACAUAGGCGUGAGAAAGGUAUCGGUUCAAGGAAGUCACGCGGGCGCCUUAACACUCGACGGCCGCAUUUACUUGUGGGGUCGAAAUGAUUACAAUCAAGUGACGAUAGAUUCGUCCGUAGACCAAAGUUCUCCGAGAUUGUUCGCGACGAAUCCCGAGGAGCGAUUCAGAGACGUCGCGUGCGGACUGUUCCAGACAGCAAUACUUUCUAGUCAAAUAAGUUUGAAAUACAUCGGGAGACAACACAAGGACGAUCAUAGGCAUGUUACCAGUUUAUAUGUUAGUAGUACGACUGAUAGUGAUAUACAAAUAAACAAUCAAAACUUAAAUGUAAGGGGCGAACUGCUCGUAUCCGCGCAAUAUUUUUUACUAAACAAAAACGGGGGAUGUUGCAAUUAUAUUCGAGACUUUAUACAAUCCGAACAGGAGUUUUUGGAUGAUAUUAUUCUUGUGCACGCGAAUUUAAUUAAGACAAUCGUCAAGAAAACUGGCACCAGCGCAGAUAGUUUAGUAUACGAGCAACUGACAGAAUCGUACACAGAAAUUCUACACUUCACAGCAGCUAAUGUGCAAUCUUUAUUAGAUUUUAGUAACGGAAAAAUCGCCGACAUGGAUAUUAUCAUGAUUAGAUAUGCAGAAGAGCAUAUGUACAUUUACAAAAAGUACUUGGGUGCUAUAAACGAUGCGCUUAGCAUAGGUGCAUUGACGCAAAUUUCGAAACUAAUUGAUAUCUCUCCGAACUUGUACAGAGCAAAAUUGCGCGCGAAGAAAGAAAAAGCGAACGUCGAGGAAAUGGUAAAAUGCGCGCUGAUGCUACCACUUCAAAGACUGAAUACAUAUCCCUCCUUAAUUCUCGAACUGAUCGUCGGCUUAAAAAGAGAAUCUCCCCUUUUCGACCUUCACAAUAAAUGGACCGUUAUUGUCGAAGAACAGGAACAUAAGCAGCGCGAAGCGGAAAAAACGAAAGACUUCUGGUGCAAUUCCGGUAAGACAAUCGAUCAAUUCCGUACGUCCGCAAGAAGGCUCGUUCGCGAAAGUCACAAACAUCCAAUUCAGUUGCAGAACGCCGGACGUUUCUCCUCCCAUUGGUUUAUAUUGCUGACCGAUGUUUUGGUGCACGUUAACGGCUCGACGCCUCACGUUCACAACCUGAAGACCGUCUGGAUAGAUCCGCCCACGGAGGAGAAUUAUAGUCAGAAUCAAAUAUGUUUAAAGCUGCCCGAGGACACCUUGAUUUUAUAUGCUUCAGAACCGGAGCAGAAGGCCGAAUGGCUGCAAGCGUUAACGGGUGCGAUUCGAGCAGCGCUCAAAGUUUCAAACAUAAUUCAGUUGCCCAUCAUACGAACGGCCGAGCACACGUUUUACAAGGCGGGUUUUUACAAGGACGCGAAGUAUGUCGGAAGGUGGUCAAAUGGAAAGAUACACGGAUCGGGACAAUUGCAAUGGACCGACGGUAGGGUUUACAAAGGGCAGUUUAAUAAUAAUCAGAUUCACGGUUUUGGACGUAUGGAAUUUCCGUCUGUCGGUGUUUACGAAGGUCUUUGGAAAGACAAUCAACAAAAUGGUUUCGGUAUCCUGAAGUAUACGAAUGGUGACGUGUAUAAGGGGUGUUUCAAGGAUGGGCUACCGCACGGUCAUGGCUCAUUAAAACAUGGCAGUUUUAUAGCGUCCGCGGCUUCAAUUUAUAUCGGCGACUGGGUGAUGGGGUCCAAGAGUGGAUAUGGUGUGAUGGACGAUAUCGUGUCGGGCGAGAAAUAUCUGGGUACAUGGUCAGAUAAUAAAAAACACGGAAAUGGGUUAAUUGUUACAUCUGAAGGGAUCUAUUACGAAGGAACAUUUAGUCAGGAUGUGUUUACAGGACACGGUUUAAUGAUUUUGGAAGAUGGUACGCAUUAUGAAGGCGAAUUCAAAGGAAUCGAUAACAUUAACGGUAAAGGAGUUUUAACGUUAAAUUCUGGACAUACAAUCGAAGGUCACUUGAACGGUUCUCUAUCGGACGGAAUAAAAAUUUCCAACGGUACCUUGAAUUUAACUACACUUCCGUCCGCCGACUUACCCGUGAAACCAAACUCUUUCGGAAAGCUUUGCACUCCCGUAACGCAAAAGUGGAAGGCCCUGUUUCGACAGUGCUAUCAAAUGUUGGGAGUGUACGAGAAUAACAGCAAAGUGAAUAAGUUGCCCGACACGCAAAAACUGUGGCAGAACAUUGCGGUUUUAAUAUCAAACUCGCAUCAGGGAAGUUUGAAGAAGAGGAAAAGCGAGCGGAGUUUAGAGAAUUCGUUAAAUCAGCUGGAUACGAUACCUACAUUUGGAAGAAAUAGUAUGGAUGUUGCCAAUUAUAUGGAUGUUAAGCAGUAUUUGGUUAAGGCUUUUGAAAGCCCCCACCACCCUUUAGGAUCAUUGCUGCUCGAUGUGACGGUGGCUUACACAACAACUUACGGGGGUUUACACGCCCAUCCCCUAUUACUUACACAUGCCGUUGAAGAACUCCACUCGAUUACUAAACGAAUAUACGACAUUGUAAAACUACUGUUUCCUGCAUUACCGUCACAUGAGAGAGACACUCCACCGGAAGACACUGAGGAUAGGUAUAAACCACUACAUACACCUUUAAUUACUUAUGAUCGAAUUAGUUCCAGUGAGAUAGUCGGUUACCAAAAUCUGUUGUAUCCAUUAAUUCUACCCAAAGUUCACCAACCACUGUUUAUUUUAUACACUUUACACAAUAAAUUGCAAGACUUGCAAUACUGGAAAAGACUGACCGAGUGGAACAAACACUCGGAUUAUACACUGAUGUCCUUUUUAUCUGUCGAUCAAAAAUUUCUAAACAACCACGCCCCGGACGGUUUAUUGUCGUCGCCCGUGAAAGAGCAAACCUUUCUAGACGCCAUUGAAACCCUGCAACUUCUCAAGACGACAUUUUCGCCUAUCGAAAAAUUACUCAUAAUUCGCCAGACCUUUGAGAAAAUGACACUAGUCGUACAGGAUCAAAUCGGACACGAUUACAAGUGGAGCAUGGACGACCUCUUCCCCGUGUUCCUAUACGUUGUCGUAAGAUCUAGAAUUCUGCAGUUGGGAUCGGAGAUACAUUUCAUCGAAGACUUCAUGAUACCGAGCUUAGAAAACGGAGAACUCGGCAUAAUGUUCACAACUUUAAAGGCGUGCUAUCAGCAAAUAUUGCAAGAGAAAACCUCUAUUAGUUAAUAAGUCCGUAUUGCGAAUUUUAGGUGUAGUUUACCAAUUUUAGUUAAAGAGAUGAAGUCGUAAUUGUAAGUAGAUAUUUUUGUAAGACUGGCGAAACGAAGCAUCAGUAUUCAGUUUUUUUUUUUCGUAUCUCCGUUCAUAUUGGACGAUGAAAACGGCAUAUCAAAUUUUGUGAUUUUCAACAUUCCUGUGUAGUUACUUUAUUUUAUUGUUAAUUUUAUGGCAAAGUUUAAAUAAAGUUAUAGUUACCUAA